AUGAGAACAUUGAGUGGGGCAGAUCAACAAUGGUUAUUCUCACCUCGGGCGUUACAUCAAACACCUUCUCAAGAUGAAGGUAUGACAUAUGAACAAGAGUUGAAAAGACGGAAAACCACCGUCGAGUAUAUUCGUAGUCUCGCUGCCAGAGCUCAGAUGUAUCAUUCAAUAACCGAGGAAAGCUCGCUGAGAUGUAGGGAAUGGCCACAAGGUAGAGGUGUGGUUUCAGUAGCAUCUACUCUCGUCCAUAGAUUUUACAUGCGAAGAUCACUUCAAGACUUUCCAGAACAGGUCAUAGCUCCCACAUUGUUAUUCCUCGCUAGCAAGAUAGAAGAAGAACCAUGCAAAUUACGAUACAUCUGUAAUGCUUGUUUGGUCAAAUUCGAUGGUGAUGAACAUGGAGCUUGGCAUCCUAAUGAAGAGAAUGAUAUCCCACCUUCAAGAGAAUAUCGUCGAUGGGAAAAAGAUAUUUUAUCAUGUGAAGAAAUCGUUCUCGAGACAUUAUGUUUUGAUAUGGAUAUAGAACAACCUUGGGUCGUUUUAUGGUAUGCUACGAGAGGUUUAGACAAUUUACGUCUUCCUCGAACAUCUUCUUCUUUCCUUGAUAAUCAUCCGACCGAAAUUCCUCACAAUGAUGGACAUGAAGAAUCGAAUGGACAUGUACAAAAAGAAAAAUUGAGAGCAACGGAGGAAAUCGUACCUGAAGUUUCUUGGCCGAUAUUGAACCAAACUUCCCUCACUCCCCUCAGUAUCCUCUUCCCCGCUUCUGUGAUUGCAUUUGCAGCACUCAUCCUCGUUGUAUCCAUCGUGGAAGAAAUCCCAUUAUCAAAAGCUUACUCCUGGGCUGGUGAAGUCGGAUGGAAAUUUCAUCUGGAAGUAGAGUUCGAUGAGGAGGUAGGGGUGAAAGGGGAAGAUUUAGAGAUAGUCAAACAAUGCGUAGAAAGUAUAUUAGAAUAUUCCAAACAAGGAUUAUUAGAUCAAAACUUGAUUUCUUUCAUCCCCGUGAGUAAUCUCAACAACUAG